CAAAACAUACAAUCAUAUUCCAACUACUUCGACUCACUAAUAAUCCGCGAAACAAAAUGUCGAAUUCGAAUCACCAAGACGACCUCGAUCUUCUCCUCUCCCUUGAGGAUCGAGUUCUGGAAACACCUCCUGCUUCGCCUUCAGGUUAUUUAUCAGAUGAUGGGAUGCCAAAUCGUUCGGGGUAUGUGGACAUGUCUGUUUUUCGAGAGGCAGUACAGGAUUGCCUUGAUUACAAUCCGAAAGAGAGAAAAGAGAGACAUCAGAAAUCGGAGCAGGGCAAGCGUUCUAGUGACAUUGAGGUUGACAAGUUUUCAGGCCUGCGAAUCCAGAAUCGAGUGGUGUCACGUGUCGAGUUGAGCAACCAUUUGUCAGAUAUUAGAUUUGUUCGGUUACCCACAAUAAAGAAUUUGCUGAAGGGAGAUACUCUCUCUGGAUGUUGGGCCACUAUUGGAGUUUUAACUGAAAAGGGGAUUCCAAGAACUAGUUCUAUAGGAAAGACUUUCACAAUUUGGAAGAUGGGAUGCUUAGAUGAAUUGACUAUUUCUCUUUUCUUGUUUGGCGAUGCUUAUCAGAAAAGCUGUGAAGAGAAGAUAGGGACCAUCUUUGCAUUGUUCAAUUGCACUGUCCGCAAAGAUAACAAAGGAAGUGGAUUUUCCUUGAGCGUCUAUUCUGCUAAGCACAUCUUAAAGCUGGGGACCUCAGCGGAUAUUGGAAUUUGUCAGGGAAAAGGAAAGGAUGGAGUGGCUUGCACAGCAGUCAUUAACAAACGUCGUAGAAAGUAUUGCAGCUACCAUAAACGGAAUGCAUUGAAGACAUAUACUUCUACAAGGACAGAGUUGAAAGGAGGGAAUUUAAGGACAGGCUUUAGAGAUUAUCUCAAGUCAGAAGGCAUUUACGUGGUUAAACCUACAGAUGACAGAACAAACAUCACAAAGUCCAAUCGGCCUGUGAAAGUAUUGUCUGUGGAAGGAUUAAAGAAGGCAUUAAGUAAUGCAGACAAAGUGACAACAAAUGUAUAUUCACAAGGAAUUCGGUUUCUGAAUCAGCUUACAGGGAAAACUGGUCCUAAAGUAACAAUUGAAACCACUAGCCGUCCACAUCAGCAAAUGAGUGGAACAGAUAAGAGGUCAAGGCCAAUCAAAGUACCAGAUGCCAAAAAGUUGAAAAUGGAUCAGAGACAGGCUCCAGGACAAGACACCAAGGUGGCUGGUGUAAAGAUGAUUGAGUUAGAUUUUGCUAGUUCAGAUGAUGAAAUUUGAGGCCUGACUUCUAAUUCUUGAUCUGCAAUACAUAGAACUUGAGAAAAUUUGGUAUAUUUUCUAAGCUAGUAGAGUAAGGGCUGUAUAGUACUAUUAACGAAUUUGCCCAUGGCUCAAAAUUUCGGAUGCUUAUCUUUCGGGUGUGGGAGAUGUGUUUUGAUCUUUUUGCUUCACCCCCGCCCUUCUCAAUUAUGUAUUUAUGUUUUUCAGUAUCCCGAUAUGUUUUCCAUUUUUGUUGUCUCAUUGAAUGCUUGCUUACAAGA